GUUAAACAGCUAAAAAUAGACUAUAAUGAUUGGUCAGAGGAGUUCCGUGGAAAGUGUCCUAGAAAAAAUUAUAGCAAAAGUUGAAGCAGAAUCGAACCAAAAAAAUACAGGUAUUAAGUUGACCAUAAAACGAAAACUCAAUAAUUCAAAACAUGAUUCGAAUAAAAGAGCGAAAUUGAAUCUACAUGAAUCCCUUGAUGAGGCGACACAUUGUCGUAUUUGCUACGAUUCUUCUCACCAAUUACCCAUUACAUAUCCCUGCAAGUGUAAGGGAACCAUGGGUGCAAUCCAUUUGAAGUGUCUAGAACAUUGGCUAGAGGAAAGUAACAGAAAUAGCUGCGAAUUAUGUGGACACCAGUUCGAGAUCAGACGAACUCCUCGUUACCAUGUUCUACAUUCUAUAUUAAUUUGGGUGUGUCUUAAUCAACAGCAACAUCAAUUGUAUGUUCGAAGUUUGAAGGCCGAUUUACUUCGGAGCAUUAUUAUUACGCCUAUGGCGAUAGGAUGUUCUUAUAUUUGUAUAGUCGCGGCCGAUUUUUACGCCAAAAAUAAUUACGAUAGCUUUCCCCCAGCGCGGUGGUCAACUUAUUUAUUAUUAGCUAUGAUGUCUCUGUUACUCUUCUCUUAUUUUAUAUGGAUGUACAUGGCGAUACAGUAUCAUCAGAAGAUCUGGUUUUAUUGGUGGCAAAAGACAAGUACAGUAAGAGUUAUAUUGAAUCCAGAAAAUAGAACUUCAAUAAACUACAAGUCUAACGUAUCACAAGUUUAACAAUUACUGAACACUUAUACCCGUAACAGCAGAUACUUUUACGAUAGUCAUUAGGAUGCUCUUCUUUUGAUUGAAAUUUUUCCUCGACUUAAUUGGGAUAUAUAUAUACGCACUUUGCUUCCAUCCGAAACUUUCUUCACCCAUAUCUAUAAAAUGAGGAAAUUAUAAUUUAAGAGAAACAUUAUAAUAAAAAGAAAGAAAUUUUAUGAA